AUGUCAAUGUACAAGAAAAAACCAGCUAAGUCUUUGCCACCAGAAAAUGCUGGCCUUUUUCCUGUAGACACUGCACCCAAAUCCUUGAAGGCUCAUAAAGCUGUUAAAGGAAAUCUGUACACACCAGCUGGACAUUUUGUCCAGCCCUUUAAGCCUGGGGUUUCCAAGAAAGCAGACCCUUUUCAGCCACUGGCAACAACUCUUACCUUUGAAAAUGAAGGUGAUACUGUCCAGCUACCAGGAAAAAAGCAGAAACAAUUUCAGCGAUGGGAAACCAAGGUUCUUCCCAGUCUAAUGGAGCCAUAUGUCAAACUUCUACAUGAAACGGACUCCUUGCGAGAUAUGGCGCAAGUGCGUUCUCGAAGGGGAUGUGCUGGUUGUGGGUCAGGCAGACAAUUGAAUGUUGCAUGCAUUUUCUUUGAGUGUAUUGAGAUUCUUUCCCUCUGCAAUUGCACUUCCCCAGCACUUCAACUCCUUGAGCUAGGGUUCUUUCCAUGUGCACCAGUUAAUCCAUCUCUUGCAGUGGACUUGAAUAUGCUUGAGUUUGUAAAUGAGCUGUUUGUAAAUGCAGCUCCAAAUACUACGGCUUGGUGUGAAACCUUGGAGACCUUUCUUGGAAACAGAAGAUACAAGUUAACAACUCGGAAUAGUUUGUGUCAUCGUUUUGGAAGUGCUAUGCAGUGGUAUGCUACUUUGAUUGAUAAGAAGAACCUUCUUGUCAACAAUUAUCUGGAUGACAUGAGAAGUUCAAUCAAAGUUUCAGAAGACUAUGAGAUUGAGCAAGAUGAAGAAAUGGACCAAGAUAAAAAUGUUGGAAUAGAACAAGAUGAAAAUGUUGAAAUGGCUGAUGAUUAUGAGUCCUUACGAGUUUACGAGUAA